UAGAUCCAUCACCCGCGCACUUGCCAACAAAGGAAAGAAAAGUAUGAUAAAACUUAUUAAUCACAUUUAGAAGAUAACAUGGAGUGUUUGACUUUAGAUUUUGGUCCAUUUGAGGCGGUUCACCGCUGGAGAAGAAUGCCAGAGUGUGAUGAAUUUGUUGGUGCAAGACGAAGCAAACACACAGUUGUUGCCUACAAGGAUGCAAUAUAUGUCUUUGGAGGAGAUAACGGGAAGAACAUGCUGAGUGACUUGUUGCGAUUUGAUGUGAAAGAUAAGUCCUGGGGAAGAGCAUUCACCACGGGUACUCCUCCUGCUCCCCGAUAUCACCAUUCUGCUGUUGUUCAUGAAGAAAGCAUGUUUGUGUUUGGUGGAUACACAGGGGAUAUCCACUCCAAUUCAAACCUGACCAAUAAGAAUGACUUAUUUGAGUAUCGCUUUGCCAAAGGACAGUGGGUGGAGUGGAAGUAUGAAGGGAGAAAACCAGUUGCUCGUGCAGCUCAUGGUGCAGCCGUGUAUGACUGGAAGCUGUGGAUAUUCGCAGGAUAUGAUGGAAACACGAGACUAAACGACAUGUGGACAGUCCCUCUGAAUGGUGAACAAAGACAAUGGCAAGAGGUUGAACAAAGAGGAAAUAUUCCCCCCACCUGCUGUAACUUUGCCUUGGCAGUGGCCAGAGAUUCAAUGUUUGUGUUUUCUGGACAAAGUGGAGCCAAAAUAACAAAUAAUCUUUUCCAAUUUAAUUUCAAAGAAAAUGAAUGGACAAAGAUUUCUACAGAACACAUCCUGCGGGGUGCCCCUCCCCCUCCCGAGAAGAGGUAUGGACACACUAUGGUGGCCUUUGACAGACACCUGUAUGUGUUUGGUGGAGCUACCGGACAGACAUUACCCAAUGAACUGCACAGCUUUGAUCUGGAUUCCCAGACCUGGUCUAUCACAGAACCUGCUCCUAACAGUCAGGUCCCAGCUGGAAGACUCUUCCAUGCUGCUGCUGUUGUGGAUGAUGCUAUGUAUGUUUUUGGUGGAACGGUGGAUAAUAUAGUCAGGAGUGGAGAGAUGUAUCGAUUUCAGUUUUCUAGAUACCCUAAAUGUACUCUUCAUGAGGAUUUUGGGAAGCUUUUAGAAAGUCAACAGUUCUGUGAUCUACACUUUAUUGUUGGCAAGGAUGGGACUAAGGAGUGUAUAGCUGCACACAUCGCGUUAGUGGCUGCUAGGUCAUCGUGGUUAGCGGAGAAGAUACGUACUGCUAAAGAACAGCGUUACCUGGACGAGGCUACGAGUACCGACCCUAUACAGGUGAUCCUGCCAGAGGCAAACCCCACGGCUCUGAAACUAGUCCUCUCCUAUAUAUACACAGAUAAAAUUCUACCUACUAAAGAAGGUCAAGAUUUUAAUAGUAAUGAAGUGAUACUUCUUAUGAUGGAUGUGUAUAGAUUGGCACUUCAGUUCCACAUGUCCCGGUUGGAGCUGUUGUGUGUUCAGUACCUGGAGACCUGUAUUGGUCUGAAGAACGUCCUUGUAGCUUUACAGAAUGCCUCCAAGAUGAAUCUUGACUUCCUUAAAGAAUAUUGUUUGAAGUUUAUUGUGAAGGAGAGUAACUGUAGUCAGAUUGUAAACAGUAGAGAGUUUGAGAGCUUGGAUAAGCAGCUUAUGGUAGAAAUCAUCCGACGGAAGCUUAGCCAGCCACAACACAUAAGACUGCCUGCUGAGUCACAUAACGAGGCCAUCGUCACAAGUAAUAAUUCUUUGGAACACGACCUUAAUGCCUUCCUGAAGAGAGAUGGAGCAGAAUUCUGUGACAUCACCCUAAUGUUGGACGACACACCUAUCCCCGCCCACAAGGCCAUCUUAGCUGCCAGGUGUAAUUACUUUGAAGCUAUGUUUAGAUGGAAUGACCCAGAAAACCACACUGUCAGGAUUGCAAUAGGAGAAAUGGUUCCAUCUCGCCAAGCGUUUGACAGUCUCCUGCAGUAUAUUUACUAUGGCGAUGUUACCAUGCCUCCAGAAGACUCACUCUACCUCUUCCCGGCUCCAUAUUUUUAUGGAUUUACAAACAACAGAUUACAAGCCUACUGUAAACACAAUCUAGAGAAAAAUGUCUCUGUUCAAAAUGUUGUACAGAUUUUAGAGGCUGCAGAUAAAAUUCAGGCACUGGAUAUGAAGAAGCAUGCUCUGAGAUUAAUUGUUCAUCAUUUUCCAAAGGUUGCCAGGCAACCAGAAUUAGGCAGACUUAACAAGGACAUGCUCUUGGAAAUAAUCGCUGCUGUGGCCGAUGACAGACGCGAGUCUAGCUUGCGUCACGAACUCUCAUCAAACAGUCUCUCUGAUGGGCUAAAAAAAAGAGGUAACGUUACUAUGCAGUCACAAAGAGAGCUAAGUUCAUUUCCUAUUGCCCCAGCGCACAAAGCCAAGCUUACAACAGCAGGAUUUCUUGUCCUGGAGGAUCUAAAAAGCUUGAAACCCUCUGAAUUAAGCAAAGGAUCACAGUUCAACCAUGUUAAUUACUGUAAACCAACUUCUAUUCGACAUGAUCUAAAUGGAGGAGAGUUUGGCCCAGCGGAGAAGUUAGAAAGAUUAAAGGAAGAGCAGUCCUUGCCCUCAAUCAUCACUUUCUCACAGAGUCUGGAUGAGAUGCUGGGAGGGGGUAUUCCUCUGUGUAAAAUCACAGAGUUCUGCGGUGCUCCUGGUGUUGGUAAAACACAAAUGUGCAUGCAAAUAGCGGUGGAUGUUCAAAUUCCUGAACAUUUUGGCGGAUUAGAGGGGGAGGCAGUCUACAUUGAUACAGAGGGGAGUUUUAUUGUGGAGAGGCUGAUGGACAUCUCAAAAGCUACUGUGGAUCAUUGUCAGGAAAUGGCCAGACAAGAAGGAAUGAAAGGAGACAACAUGACGGUGGAUUCUGUGCUGUCCCGGGUCCACUACUACAGAUGUCAUGAUUACGUAGAGCUCCUGGCAACAGUGCACCUCUUACCAGAGUUUAUUAAACAACAUCCAAAAGUUAGAGUUGUACUUGUAGACAGUGUUGCUUUCCAUUUCCGACACGACUUUGAUGAUUUGUCUCUCAGGACAAGGCUACUUACAGCGAUGGCUCAAAGUUUUAUUAAACUCGCAACUGAGUUAAAAAUUGCAGUAGUUUUAACCAAUCAGAUGACAACAAAGCUGAGUCCGGGAGAAGAUUCCCGCCUUGUCCCGGCCCUGGGUGAGAGCUGGGGACACGCUAGUACAAUUCGUGUAAUCUUGUACUGGGAGGCCCAGAAGAGAUGGGCGUGGCUCUACAAGUCCCCCAAUAAAGAAGAAACCAGAGUGCCAUACCAAAUCACAAUGGGUGGAGUGAGAGAUAUAGUGACCCCCACAGCUGACAGAACAACAGAACAGAGCAGUGAAGAACCAUCUUCCAAACGACAGAAGGUUAAAUACAGUUAUUCUACAGCCGCUGGCGGCUAUGGUGGAUAUGGUGGUCAGUCUACAGAUGCUAGUGCUUAUGGACAGCAGCCAGGUGGAACAUAUGGACAAACGGCAACUCAAGGAUAUCAACAGCAAGGUUACACAGGUUAUGACCAAAGUGCUUAUGGACAGCAAGCUGGACAGACUGCAGGAGCUCAGAGUGCAAGCUAUGGACAGCAGCCCGCAGCCCAGGGGUCGUAUGAUUCCUCAGGGGGAUACGGGGGCCAACAGCAGUAUGGCCAGCAGCAACAGAGUGGAUACGGACAACAAGGAGCUGGACAAACUGCUCAAAAUUAUGCAUCAUAUGUUCAACAAGGAGGUUAUCAGACCCAAUCACAAGGUGGAGCAGGGUCAUAUGGUGGACAGAGUGGGGGCUAUGGCCAACAAAGUGGAGGUUAUCAGGCCCAAGCUUCGGGUGGUGGGGGAUAUGGUCAACAGAGUGGGGGUCAGACCGGCAGCUAUGGAGGGGGACCACAGUCAGGGGGUGGUGGUUAUGGUGGAGGAAGUUAUGGAUCUCAAGAUAACUACAGACAAGACAGGGGCGGGGGAUAUGGUGACCGAGGGGGCAUGAGAGGUGGUCGUGGUGGCGGACGAGAUGGAGGCGGUGGAUAUGGUGGUGGUCGAGGAGGUUUCAACAAAUUUGGUGGAGACCGAGGCAGGGAUGACCGGGGUGGUGGCAGUAGUGGAGAUAUGAUGGUGAUGGAAGACACCAUAUUUGUAUCUGGCUUACCUGAAGAUAUUGAUGAAGAUGGUCUAGUGCAGCACUUUGGCAGCAUUGGUGUUAUUAAGACUGAUAAAAGAUCAGGAAAACCUAAAGUAUGGAUAUAUAAAGACAAGAACACCGGGAGACCAAAGGGAGAAGCCACAAUCACAUAUGAUGAUUCAGAGACGGCAAAGGCAGCUAUUAACUGGUUUAAUGAGAAGGACUUCAGUGGUAAUACAAUAAAGGUAGAGAUUGCCACGAGGAGGAUGAACACUAACUUUGGAGGAGGAAGAGGUGGGGGUGGCAGAGGAGGAUUUGGCCGCGGAGGUGGUGGCGGCGGAGGCCGAGGUGGUCGCGGUGGAUUUGGUGGUGGCGGAGUUGUCUCUCCUUUUGAAGGUGGCAGAGAAGGAGACUGGACCUGUCCUAAUGAACAAUGUGGAAACAACAAUUUCUCAUGGAGGAAUAAUUGUAACAGAUGUAAUGCCCCCAGGCCAGGAGGUGGUGGGGGAGAUGAUGGUGGUUACCGUGGCAGUAGAGGAGGAAUGAGAGGAGGUCGAGGUGGUUUUGACAGAGGCGGUCGUGGUGGGGGUGGUAGAGGCGGAGGAUUUGGCGGCGGUAGAGGAGGUGGAUUUGGUGGUGACAGAGGCCGCGGUGGUGGCGGAGGAUUCCGAGGAGGACGAGGGGGAGACAGAGGAGGCAGAGACAGGGGAGGUGAUAUGGGCAGACAAGACAGACGACCAAAGCCAUACUAGUUCAGAAGACUGUGACAGCUGUAUUGCAUUUUUACAUAAGACAUUGUUGUGUAAUCAUGUCUCAUUUAAUUCCAUUGUUUUUAAUGUUUUCAUCAUCUUUUAACCACUGAAAACUUGCUUAGAACAUCAAGUCAUUUUGUUAAUAAAUAGUGUGAUGUUUAUA